AUACCUUAACUUCUGUUAUGCUGACACACUAUCUUGUUUCUGUUUCGGAAAAUUUCAGUAGAUCAGCAAUAUUUUUAACACAUAUACGGAAGUUAACAUUUAUAUCAGUAAUGGCGGCCUUAUUAUACUGCAUAUACUCAACACUAUUUAACAAACUUACAGAAACGGCAUCUUAUAAACGGUCAAGUAAAAACAAUAUUAAAAAGCUUACUAAAACUCCUCAUCUUGUACUAACAGCUGAAGAUAUUAAAGAUCGUGAAAUAUUUAUUAUUGGUGAUGUUCAUGGAUGUCUCGACGAGCUUAAUGAACUUUUACGCCUAGCAAAAACUGAUUUGAAUGGUAAAACUCUUCUGCCAAUAUUUGUGGGUGAUUUAGCAAACAAAGGACCACAUAACGUUUCAACAAUCAGACGAAUUCGUGGGGAGAACGCUUAUGCUGUCCGGGGUAAUCAUGACGCAGCUGUGAUCAAACAAUGUUUGAGUCGACAGGAACAUGCGGAUUAUAUUGUUCCUGAUAAAUAUAAAUGGAUUACAGACCUUGUCGCAGAUGACAUACGGUUCUUACAGGAACUACCAUAUACUAUACAUAUCCCUUCUAAGAAUUCAGUUAUCGUUCACGGAGGUUUAGUUCCAGGGACGCCGAUAGAAGAACAGGAUUUUACUAAUAUCAUUACUAUGAGAAGCUUAUUUAAGGAUGGUGACAUAUUAAAAGCAUCAGCAAAUCGGCUUAUAGGUAAACCAUGGGCAUCGCUGUGGCAAGGCCCUGAAUAUGUAUAUUUUGGACAUGACGCUGCCCGAAAACUGCAGCAAUAUUCCUACGCCACUGGACUUGACACGGGAUGUUUGUACGGAAACUCUUUGACAGGCAUAUUUCUUGAUAGUCAGAAAAUGAUACAUGUAAAGGCUAAAAGGGUUUACGUUAAUCCUGAAUAGACAGCAGGGAAACAUUGUCUAUAAAAUGUCUAUUACUGAUAGAAUUGUGGUUAUUAUCAUUGAUUCUAUGGUUUAUUCUUACAGGUUAUCAAUUUAACCCCGUAGUAAAAUAUUAGUGGGUA